AUGUCGGAAACCGCCUGGCAGCGCGCUGGUCCCCGCUCCGCUGUGAAUCCGGCCCUGCCGCGCUCUGCUUCGCCUCAGAAACUUAGCCCAACCCUUGGGAACAGCACCGUUCGGAAACAGAGGCAAGAGGAGCUUCAGCUUUUGAUUGCAGAACUGAAAGAUCGUGAUCGGGAGCUCGGUGACAUGGGACAGCUGCUAGCCUGGGAAGGCGGUCUGCAAAAAAUACUGACUUUAGGAGAACAAUGCAACUUAUUAAACAAUAUGUAUUAUGAGCUGAACAAGAGAAGUGGAAUUAUAAAGUCACUGACCCAAAGGUUAAAGUUCUUAGAAUCUCAGCAGAAUGGGAGUAAGACAGCAUUUGAAAAUACGCAACAGAAGUUUGAAGAGCUGUCGCUAAAAGUAACAGAUGCAACUGCUCACUCUCAGGCUCUGGAGGAGAAAAACCAAAGUCUCCACUGCUCGGUUUUGGAACUGUCUGCUAGAACAAGCCAGCUGCAAGCAAGGGAACAGGAGCUGCUUACUCUGCUGAAGCUGAAGGAUGAGAUCAUGCUUGAAACAAUUGACCACAUUACUGAGUUUACAUCUAAAUUCAGAAAGCUGGAAAGUGCACUGCGUGCAGCAAAGGCGGAGGAAUUCAGUCUCCACAAAGAAAAGCAAGACCUCAGCCUGAGACUGAAAGAACUAAUGCUUGUAGCAAAGGAUCUGAAAGAUGACCUCUGUGAAAAGAUGAAAGAAAAUAAGAAGCAGCAGGAAGAAAUCCUUCACCUCCAACAAGAAAACGGCUGCUUGCGGAACGAGCUCGCGCUUGUUGUUGAGAAAGCAAAGAGAAAGGAUCAGCUUCUUCAGUCUGCCAAGUCUAAACAAGCGUGGACUGACACAGAACUAUCCAGUUUGCGACAGAUCUACUUAAAACAGCAGCGUGACUUGCAAUUCCUUCAUGUCAAUUUGGAGAGCUCUCAGGGACUAAGGCAAAAGCGUGAAAAAGUGGCACAUGAAAGGAGCGUAGGUACAGCAUUCUCUGCCCCUGAAACUCACUGCGAGACAGACACGGUUAGGACUGAGGGCACCCACGGGAUGAUAUGCAAGGAGUGUGGAACUGCACGGGUUCCAAAAAGUAGGGUAAGCACCCCCUCUGAGAUGUGCGAAGUAGAUAACAGACUGUUACUGAAUGCAUCAGACUCGGAGGAAACUACCCCAGCGUACUUAAACCUGUGUCAAAAAGUUGUGAAAGUCUUGGCUGUCCUUGCGGAAGAAGAAGAGAAGCAGGAUGUUGCAUCAAGCUUUGAUGAGCUACACAGCAAAGUCUUUUGUGAGGCAAACAGCACAAGGCCAUUGAGAAACAGGGAAAUUUCUGAGGAUGGAGUGGAAAGCAGAGACCAACAAACCUUUGAGUCAUCUUCACCUGAAUACGAGCACCAGCUUAAUGUCAGUUCUUGCGUAGAUUCGCCGAGUGCUUUGAUCCACAACACCAUCACAUCUGACAAAACUGAUAAUGCAGAUAAAGCCUGGGAAGAGAGAACUGGAAUUUGAUUUGGUCGAAAAGGCAGAGAGACUCCUGCUGCAAUUCACAAGUCUGAAUCUCAUUCCUGUAGUAAUAACUUCAUCAGAAAUAAAGAUGCACGGUGGAAGCCAGUAUCAGAUCCAGAAUGGUUAAAGAUUUUCAAACCCGUAAAAGGAGAUGGAAGUCUAUGGCAUGGAAAAGAUUGCAGCUGUCUGAAAACUGCACCAGAGAUGAAAUGUGCCAGCCCAAAAAGUGAAGAAAAUGUAGAUCUGAAUUCUUUCCACUUGGAUUCUCCCUGUUUGACAUCCACCCAGAAAGGAGACUGGCCUCAGAGAUGGGAGAAAUUCUCUGAAGAAGACUUCCCUCUGGAGAUCACUAACCUUUCGGUGACUAAGCCAACAAGUAGAUGCUGCAGUGCUACCUUGGACGAAGACAGCAGUUCCCCUGUCAGUAAGCUGCAGCACGUGCUGGCCGAGUCUUGACAGAUGGUUGCUGAUCUGGAGCUUAGCACCCUCCUCCACGCGAGCCCUCGCUGCCAUCCAGACAGCAGCAGCAUUAAUAGGACAACAGAACUUGCCAAAGCUCUUCACAGAACCCAGUUACAUGCUGCAGAAGAAAGAGAUGCUAAGCUUCCGUUGUUUUCUCUGUGA